AUGGAUAGGAGAUUAGUAGAUGUAUCUCAAGCUGGUAACAUAGAUGCAUUUUAUGCAUUACUUGAGGAUGAACCUGAUAUUCUUAACUUCAUAGAUGAAGUCCCAUUUACUAGAACUCCUUUGCACAUAGCUAUAUUAGCUCAAAAAUUCCACUUUGCUAAGGAAAUUGCAAAUAUAAGGCCAUCCUUUAUUACCAAACUAGAUCGUUUUGGCUACAAUCCAAUCCAUUUAGCAGCUGAAUAUGGUCAAGUGGAGAUGGUAAGAAGCUUACUAGAAAUUUCGGGUGCGGCGAAAGAGGCUAUCAAGGGUAAAGAGAACAAGACUCCCCUGCAUUUUGCUGUUAUGUCAGGGAAGAUUGAAGUUGUCAACUUUCUUUUGCAACGUUACCCAAGUUGCAUCAUGGACUUGACUGUAAAAAAUGAAACUGUUUUUCACCUUGCGGUGAAGCAUAAGCAAUUGGGUGUGUUGUUGGUGUUGCUUGAACAACUCAAAUUGGCUUGCCAAUGUCAAGGGAAAAUAGCCUUGAAAGAUGCAACUUGUUCUUGUAUUGAUGAGUGUAUGGUGAGUAUUAAUGCUGUGAUUGUUAAGGAUUUGCUGAAUUGUGAGGAUGAGGAAGGAAACACUGUAUUGCAUCUGGCAACCAUGAUGAAACAACAACAGGUAUACAUAUAG